CACAGCUCUAAUCCACCACCGCCAUCGCCUCACCUCCUUCGUCAUUGCUCUCUUCAUCAACGCUUCAGUACUUUCAGUUUUUGUCCUCACUCAUUGCUAGAUACAAUACUUGUCGCCUUCCUGAUCCCGGAGAAAUCCCCGCCAAGAUGUCGCUCGAAGCAACCAUGGUCAUUGUCGACAACAGUGAAAGCAGCAGAAACGGAGAUUAUACCUCGACACGAUGGCAAGCACAGGUCGACGCCGUUAGCGUCAUUCACAGUGCUAAAAUGCGCGCACACCCCCAGUCGGCCGUCGGUCUUAUGAGCAUGGGCGGAAAAGGUCCUGAGGUUCUGUCGACAUUCACAUCGGAGUUUGGCGGUAUUCUGUCGGGUCUGCACCGUACAAAAAUCCACGGUACUCCUCAUCUGAGCUCGAGCAUACAAGUGGCCGCCCUUGCUCUGAAACACCGUUCCGAAAAGUCCCAGAGACAACGCAUCGUCGUAUUCUCCUGCUCCCCGAUCGAAGAAGACGAGAAGACGCUAGUCAAGUUGGCCAAGAAGAUGAAGAAGAUUAACGUGUCGAUUGACGUGAUUGCCUUUGGAGAUCUGGAAUCCGACCAAACAAAGAAGCUGGAAGCAUUCGUGGAGAAUGUCAAGGGAGGUGACGGCUCCAACCUGGCAAUUAUCCCUCCUGGCCCGAACCUUUUGAGUGAGGAGCUCCAGGUUAGUCCCAUUUUGGGAGGUGAUGGCUCCGGUGCCGGCGCAGAGGAGGGUGGUGAGGGUGGCUUUGGAUUCGAAGAUGCCGCCGAGAAUGACCCCGAGUUGGCGUUUGCCCUACGGUUAUCGCUCGAGGAGGAGAAGAACAGGCAGGAGAAGGAGAAACAGGAGCGUGAGCAACAAGAAGGCAAGGCCAACUUGGACAACAUUCCUGAGGAGGGGUCAAGCGGAGACAAGAAGGACGGUGGGGACAAGAUGGAUACUGCGUAAAGAGACCGAGGGUAAUUUUUCUUUUUUGUGUAUCUUUGAGGAUGAUUUGAUGCAUACCCGGCGUUUUUAUACGUUUUCUCUCUAACUCUUUGGUACACAUGUAAUAUCUAAAGGCGCCCAGCGCUUUUCCGAUGAGAUUCUAUUACCACGUAAUGCCAGAAACCGGAUUCCUAAUAUGAA